GGCUGCGUGGUUCGCGAUCAGUCCACGCGAGCGAAACUGGCGCGGCGAUCAACUGGGCUGCCACGUAAUGUUGUGUGUCUCGCUGACGAGGUGCGUAUCCUCGGCAAUUAACGUCGAAUUACACCGGAAAAAGUGUGAUGCGCGUCCCUCGGUGCACCGAGGCCUGAGCUACGCUUCUUCCUCGCCUUGGUAACGCCGCCCGUAAGCGAUCUUUCGAAGUUAUCAGAAUGUCUCAGCCGACUGACUAUCAGUACCAAGCGUAUGGUAACGGGAGUAACUUGAAAAGUGUUCCCCCGCCUCCGCAAAUGGUGAAUGGACAGGCAAGCACGGCGCACCAUAACGGCAUGCAACCAGCAAAUUACAAUUUCACUGGCACGUCGUCGUCGCAGUCGUCUCGCGAUCCGUCUAGGGAGACUUCGAGAGAUCCGUCGCCGACGCCGUAUCUUCACACUCAGUACGGACCGCCGCUGAGACCUCCGCUGCCUCCGAUACCUCAGAUGCCUGCAGUACCUCAAGUGCCGCCAAUGCCACCGGUGAACGGACAAAAUACGAUGAACCCGAGUCCGAUGAAUCCGAUGAUGCAAGCGAGGCCGCCACCGCUGUCGCAAAGUCAGCAAUACCCUCCGAUGUAUCAGGCGACGAAUCAGUUUCAAGUGCCAGUGACGAGAAGCCAACCUCCCAUGGAGCCAGCGAAGCCGUCGGUGAAUUCGCAAAUGGAACCGCCGAGGACUGUGGCCUACGAUCAGAAUUUGCCACAGGGUUCGCUGUUGGACUCGAAACCUCCUUACAAGGUUGACAGUGUCCAGGGUACGCAGGCGUACACGCAGCCACAAGAGAACGUGGUUACGCCGAGCUCGCAACCGCCCAGGGCGCAGAAUAUGUAUCAGCAAAAUCUUAUGGGGCAGAGGGGGUACCCUAAACCGGCGUACAACGUGCAGCACCCGAACACUAUGCCUUAUGGCAUGGCUGGCAGUGGACAAGUUCCAGCGAAAGUUCCGACUCCGACCGCAGGACAUCCCGGACAGAGAAUGUAUCCAGGCCAGCCUCCGAAUCCAAUGAACAUGCCACCUGAUUCGAUGAGUAAACGGUAUCCGGAAUCGUAUCCAGAUCAAAUAAAUCAAUUAAAUAAUCAAAUGAACACGAUGAACGUUUCGCAGUACGGUUACAACAAAUUAUGGGGAAUGGAGAGCGUCGACCUCUUGCAAUGUAGGAACAUUUUACCUCCGGAGAGAGUAGAACCACCAAAGAUCAAGCUUCACCAAGAGUUUCUAGACAGUGUUAAUUGUAGUCCAGAUAUUUUUCGCUGCACGCUCACAAAGAUUCCGGAAACGAAUUCUUUGCUGCAGAAAUCCAGGUUGCCUCUAGGAGUUCUAAUACAUCCUUUUAAGGAUUUAAAUCAUUUACCAGUAAUACAGUGCAGCACGAUAGUCCGAUGUCGUGCCUGUAGAACGUAUAUCAAUCCGUUUGUAUAUUUCAACGAUGCGAAAAGAUGGAAGUGCAAUCUUUGUUAUAGAGUAAAUGAAUUACCGGAAGAGUUUCAGUUCGAUCCCGUUACAAAGUCGUACGGCGAUCCGUCGAGGAGGCCAGAAGUGAAGACCAGUACAAUCGAGUUCAUUGCACCUAGCGAGUACAUGCUUCGUCCACCGCAACCGGCCGUAUAUCUGUUCGUCCUGGACGUUUCGAGGCUGGCAGUAGAGAGCGGUUACCUCAGCAUAGUCUGUGACGUGAUUGCCGACGAACUGUCGAGGCUGCCGGGCGAUAGUAGAACGCAGAUCGGCUUCUUGGCAGUGGACUCCGCGAUCCACUUCUUCGGCAUCCCCGACAAUGUGUCCCAGCCUCAGGAAAUGAUCAUGCUUGAUAUCAACGAUGUUUUUCUUCCUUGCCCGGACAAUCUGAUCGUUAAUUUGAAGGAACGGGAGGAAUUGGUAAGGGAUUUACUAGCUCAGUUGCCGACGAAGUUCCAAGGGACCCACGAUACGAAUAGCGCGUUGGGCGCGGCAUUACAGGCCGCGUACAAACUCAUGUCGCCAACCGGUGGACGUGUGACUGUGUUUCAAACUUGUCUGCCGAACAUCGGCCCAGGGAUUUUGCAAGCGCGCGAAGAUCCGAACAACAGGUCCAGCAAAGACGUGGCGCAUUUAAAUCCAGCCACAGAUUUCUACAAAAGAUUAGCGCUCGACUGCAGCGGGCAACAAAUCGCCGUCGAUCUAUUCCUUUUGAAUUGCCAAUACUGCGACCUAGCUACUCUUUCCGGCAUGUGUAAAUUCUCCGGAGGCUGCAUAUACCACUUGCCUCUGUUCCGGAGUUCGAUACCGCAACACGCGGACGCUCUCGGCAGAAUGUUGCGACGGUAUUUAGCCAGGAAGAUCGGUUUCGAAGCGGUGAUGAGAAUCAGGUGCACGCGCGGUUUAAGCAUUCACACGUUCCACGGGAACUUCUUCGUGAGGUCGACCGAUCUGCUCACUUUGCCUAAUGUGAACCCGGACGCUGGGUUCGGAAUGCAGAUCUCCAUAGACGAGAAUCUCUCCGAUUGCCAGAGCGUCUGUUUCCAAGCAGCUCUACUUUACACAUCCAGUAAAGGUGAAAGAAGAAUUAGGGUGCAUACACUGUGCCUGCCAGUAGUCUCCAAUUUGUCUGACAUUCUCCAUUCUGCUGAUCAACAGUGUAUAGUGGGCCUACUUGGUAAAAUGGCUGUGGACAGAUCUCUGCAGUCCUCCUUAUCAGACGCGAGAGACGCUCUGAUAAACGUGCCCAUCGACGUUCUGUCAGCCUACAAAUUGUCCCAGUCGGCGGGCUCCGGUGCGCUCCUCGCUCCAGGGAGCCUGAAAUUACUGCCUCUUUAUAUUAUCGCUCUGCUCAAAUGCGUCGCCUUCAGGUCGGGGACGAACACGAGGCUCGACGACCGGGUGUACGCGAUGUGCCAGUUGGACACUCUGCCGCUGUUUCAAUUGAUCCAGAUGAUUUACCCGGACCUGUACCCCGUCCACGCGCUCGACGACCGUAACGCGAAAGAUAUCGACGGGAAACUAUGCCCGCAACCACCGAGGUUGCACCUCUCCGCGGAGAAACUCGAUUCUAGGGGUGCAUUCUUGAUGGACACCGGCAAUCAAAUAUUCAUCCUCAUCGGGAAGAACAUUCACCCCUCGUUCUGCUGCAACGUCCUCGGCGUCUCUGCUUUCCCUUCGAUACCGGAGGAAUUCUACGAUUUGCCGAAGAUCGACACGCCGGAGAGCGAGAGGCUACGCAAUUUCGUAUUCAGCCUGCAAGAAGAGAAACCAUACGCAGCUUCUGUACAAAUCAUUCGGGACGACAGCCACUUCAGGACUCUGUUCAUCGAACGAUUGAUCGAGGACCGUUUCGAAAAUUCACUCAGUUAUUACGAAUUCUUGCAACAUAUUAAGACUCAAGUGAAAUAAUAAUAAAAGUAAUCAAAUCUCUGGAUUGAAUACAGGUAUAAAAAGCAAAUAGGGGUCGGGGAAAACGAAACAGAGGGACAUUAACGAGAAACCAUUGUUUGAUUAACAGUGAAAGUGUUUAGCAAUCGUGAACUGUGUUCAAGAUAAAAAAAGAAAACAGAUACGAACCUACAAAAACGAUUGUUCAAUCGACGAUUAGAAUAAAAAAA